AUGGAGAGAGGAUUCAACUUCAAGCUGUUGGUGCCUCCUAGAGUCAACCCAAUCCCAGGACAGGUUUCUACCGUCAAACCACAGGAAAUAGUGGAGGAUGGGGGAUGUUUCAUGCAAGCUUUGCAGCAGUGUGGAGAUCUGCAGGCUGAGCUCUCAAAGAAAGAUAAACAAAUGAAAGCAGUGGAGUCAAAGCUGUCCAACCUGAAGAUAAAAUUAGAGAGUAAAACUAAAGUCCAGGACGAAUACCAAAAAGAGAUAAACAAAUUGAAAGAGGAGUCAGAAAAUGUUCAACGAUCAAAUGAAGAGGAAUGUAAAAAUUUGCUUGAUGACCUUGAAACCAAAUCAACAUCUGAGACAGAGCUUCAGAAAAAGGUGCAAAAGCUACAUCUUACAGCAACAGAUGCCGUCAAGAGUAAGGAAGAUACUGAAAUCAAAUGUCAGAACAAGAUAGCAGACAUGGUUGCCUUGAUGGAAAAGCACAAGAACCAGUAUGACAAAAUGGUUGACGAGAAAGAUGCAGAGCUUGAUGAGAAGAAGAGGAAAGACAUGGAGGCAACUGCUAAUAGAACAUCACUGGAAUUGGCGCUGUCACAGCAGAACAUUGAGAAUGACCGUUUGAAGGAACAACUAAAGAAAGAAAUGAACGAGAGGAAUCAGAACUCCUCCGUCCACUGGGAAAUCUGUGCCCUGGGGGAAGAGCACCUUGGAGCUUGA